ACGAGGCCAACUGAUGAUAAAAGGAUAAUGAGACUGUCGAUUUGAUCAUUUUUGAUCGGUCCUACGCAGCUUGAAGACCAUGGCGUCCUCUCUAGGCCUUAUUCUGGUUGUAGCCGUUUCCAUACAUACGGCAUGGGCAGAGCGGGAUUGCUACUCAAAGAAGGCGGACAUCGUCUUCAUCAUGGAUGAAUCGUCCAGCAUCUACCCGCAGCCUUUCAAUGAUCAGAAAUUGUUCAUCAGUAAACUAAUCGACCACUUCGACAUCGGACCUGAAGGCACCAGGGUUGGGCUGCUCAGCUUCGCAUCGACACCAAGGCCAGUAUUUGAUCCUAAGACAUUUAAAGACAAAGAAAGCAUGGAGAAGACCGUCAUGGCCAUCAGACAAAAAGGAGGCAACACCUACACUUGGGAUGUGCUUGACAUGGCUAGGCAAAGAAGUUUCACCACGCGGGCUGGAAGUAGGAUGGGUGAUUCGAGCGUCCCUAAGAUAGCCAUUGUUAUCACUGAUGGCAACUCCCAAGAACCUCUUGAAACCGCGAAAGCAGCACAAGACCUUCGCAAUGUCGGUGUCGUCAUCUAUGCCAUUGGAGUGGGCCGCGAAGCAACCAUCAGUCAGAGGGAGUUGAUCGCCAUUUCAGGCAACAAGAAUAACGUGUUCAGAGUGGAGAGCUAUGAUAAGUUGAAGAACAUUGAGAAUGAUAUUUUAGAUAAGGCCUGCGUGCCAGAGACACCCGCACCUCCAACGCUUCCACCAGUUACUAUCUUUGAGCCCUGCGAGGAUAAGAAAGCAGACGUCCUCUUCGUGAUGGACACCAGUGAGAAUGCCAUGGACGAACAGGUCGAAGGGAUGAAGGAGUUCCUUGGGGAAUUGGUGUACUCGUUAGAUAUCGGCGCAGACAAGACCAGGGUUGGCCUCAUCACCUACAGCGCUACAGCCAAUCUUCAGUUCGGUUUUGAUACGUACAACAACCACCAAGAUAUCUAUAGCGGGAUUAAGGCAGUAAAUGCGGACCUUCUUCCUCAAGCGAAUCUAAUGGAGGCACUGAAGAUGGCAAAUCAACAGAAUUUCAACCCCAGCAGGGGUGGAAGGACAAAGAUUGCCAAAGCCCUAGUCCUCAUCACACCAGGGAAAUCAUCUGACAGCGCCGAAUCCAUCCGGAUGGCAAGAAAUCUGAUGACUGACAGGGGUGUUAAAAUCAUUGGCAUUGCUCUGACCGGGGCCAGUAGAAGAGAACUGAGCUCCGUUGCUGGUGCCAGUGAUGUCAUUGAGGUUGCUGACGUCAGCGGACUUCCGGCUGUUAAGGACCGGGUGGCUGGAAAGAUUUGUAGAUCACGACCACCACCGAAUGACUUUGCAUGUGGAGAGUUUCGUGGCAUCGACAUCGCCUUCGUCAUGGACACGCAGUCUGCCGGUGGUCACGACAUGGUCUUUGCAUCCGAAUUCAUGCAGAAAGCAUCAGCGAAGUUCGAGAUCGGGCCAGACAAGGUACAGGUGUCUGUGGUCCCAGCCGAAUGCAAAUCUUUGCCAGGAUUUGUCCUGGAUAAAUAUGCAACGAAAGAAGAAUUGAUCAAGGGGAUGGUGGUAAAACAGGAAUACAGCCUUGGGCCGCUCAUGACGCAAGUUACCUCGACAACUUUUGCAGCUAGCAACGGUGCUCGACCAAAGGCGGAAGUAGACCGCGCGAUCGUGAUAGUUACCGACGGCACACCAGACCAGGCGUCGAUAAACAAGGCAGCUCAAGCCAAGGCCGAUGGAAUUGAGGUGUUCGUGGUCGGCGUGGGCAAGAAGGUCAACUCAAGUGUUCUUGCGAGUAUGGCGAGUGACCCUGCUGCAACUCAUGUUUAUGGUGUGCCAUCCUAUCAGGAACUGGUAUCCGAUCCUAGAAUCGUUGACGGAAUCACCGCCACCAUAUGCCAAAGAACGAGAAUGAGAUUUAAUAUCGAUGUUAUCUACUGACAGCAAGUUCAUCAGGUUAAAUAAUGACUGCCAUACCCAUCAUCCCGGACCAAAAUCUGAGCAGACGACAUGAAGCAAGCAUCUAUAUAUGAUCGCGGAUUUCUCGAAAUCAGGUUUUGGUCAUGAUCAUCGUACUUCUGUACAAUUCGUGCAAUAAAAACUUUCUAUUUCAAGA